AACAACAUCUCUCCGCGCCCACUAACUUCUUUCGCCUUUCAUUAUCAACAUCCACGAUGUCGUUCUUUGGGAGUACGACAUCAACAACAGCCACGACCAGCAAUGCUGAGAAAGACAUCGAAAUAUCCGACCCCCCUACAGACUCGGUAUCCUCCAUGUCUUUUUCCUCACAAGCGGAUUAUCUAGCAGUGGGCAGUUGGGACAACAGUGUUCGCAUAUACGAAAUAGGAGCAGGAGGCCAGUCUCAAGGCAAAGCAAUGUACCAACAUCAAGGGCCUGUGCUAUCCGUCUGUUGGAACAAGGAAGGAACCAAAUUAUUUUCAGGAGGAGCCGACAAUGCUGGACGUAUGUUCGAUACUACCACUGGUCAAGCCACCCAAGUCGCACAACACGAUGCACCCAUCAAAGUCGUCAAGUGGAUUGAAGCACCACAAGCGAACAUUUUGGCUACUGGCAGCUGGGACAAGACGAUAAAGUACUGGGACCUACGAAGCGCCCAACCUGUUGCAAGCGUGACCCUCCCAGAAAGAUGCUACACUCUCGACGUGCAAUACCCAUUGAUGGUGGUUGGAACUGCCGAGCGUCACAUCCAAAUAUACAAUUUGACCAACCCCACAACGCCGUAUAAAACCAUAACUUCGCCACUUAAGUGGCAAACACGCGUCGUUUCUUGUUUUACCGCUUCUCAGAAUAGCGGGUUUGCUGUUGGCAGUAUUGAAGGGAGAGUUGCAAUUCAAUAUGUGGAGGAUAAAGAUAGCGGAAACAACUUCUCAUUCAAGUGCCACCGUAGGGAUUCUGUUCCCAACAACAAGGACCAGGCAAUGGUUUACGCAGUCAAUGACAUCUCUUUCCAUCCUGUUCACGGAACGUUCUCCACUUGCGGUUCAGACGGAACCAUUCACUUCUGGGAUAAGGACGCCCGGACGCGCCUGAAAACUUUUGAGCCUGCUCCCGCCGCUAUCGCCUGCAGUGCCUUCAACCACACUGGUAACAUCUUCGCAUAUGCAAUCUCGUACGACUGGUCGAAAGGACAUUCUGGGAUGACACCGGGACAUCCAAAUAAAUUGAUGUUACAUGCUUGCAAAGAGGAAGAAGUCAAAAAGAGGCCCAGAAAGUAGUGGUUUACGCCCUCCCUUUAGGAGACCCUGCACUGCGUGACAUUCCUUCGCUGAAUCAUACUUACCUACUCACUUAGCACCAUAGCGUAUCUAUUUCAGUUCUUUCCUCAUGUAACAGUGAAGAACAUAUUAUGAUUAUGUUGUUCAGUAUGAAUCAAAGAGAAUUAUUUUUCA